CGCUCACAGCCGGAGAAACGGACAGCAGUACGCACGAGGCAGGGACCAUCUCCAGCGGGAAUGAAACAAACAGAGAAGUGCGGGCACUUGUUCACUGUCAGGAUACCACACUUGACCUUUGAGCUGUGACUGACAUCAGCUUUUUUCUGCUUUUUUCUGCUUUUUUACCCGGGAAAACUCAUUUUGCAGCACAGUACUUGAACCCAACUCACAUUUUUUCAGAGUGGAUUGCAGUUUGGCCAGUCGAGAGGAUCAUGAUAAUCACAUCCUCCCUUAAGAUCAAAUAUCCACUGCAGCAGUGAUGGUUUUGGGAGAGAGAGCCAUCCUGCUUAUCUCUGGUUCCCGCCGUCUGCCCUGAUGCUCGCUUCGGGCCGGCCUUUUGGGACCGAGAGCUGCAAAGAGAAACCAUCAAGAAACGAUAUGACUGAGACAAGGCCUAUAGCUGAGGUUGGAUCCACCCAGAGGUUGGGUGUCGUCUGUUUCAUGAAGCAAAGUUGAUGGACAGACUUUUUUUUUUUUUUCCUGUUUUUUGGAUAGAUCUUCAUGCACCACAACUGGGAACCAAGGAGGAAGGGGACUGAAAUACUUUGAGCAGGUAUUUCCCUUCGUUCCCUUUAAAGGCUUAUUGUAAAGGCUGGAUAUUCGGCUGAGUACUCACUCACAUAUGGGAAGAUGGAGGCAGGAGCAGAGGCUAGUCCACAACAGCACCCGAGGAGGAAACCUGUGCUGCACGGCUUGGAGGACCAGAAAAGGAUCUACACGGACUGGGCCAACCACUAUCUCGCCAAGUCAGGACACAAGCGUCUCAUCAAGGACCUGCAAACAGACGUCACGGACGGAGUGCUGCUGGCUGAGAUCAUACAGGUCGUAGCCAAUGAGAAGAUCGAUGAUAUCAAUGGCUGUCCCAAGAGCCGUUCUCAGAUGAUUGAGAACAUUGAUGCCUGCCUCAGUUUCCUGGCAGCCAAAGGAGUCAACAUCCAGGGUCUGUCUGCAGAGGAGAUCCGCAAUGGCAAUCUGAAAGCCAUCCUCGGCCUCUUCUUCAGCUUGUCCCGCUACAAACAGCAGCAGCAGCAGGCUCAGCGGCAGAAUUCCCAUCCAACUCUCCCACCCGCAGCCCAGUCCCAGAGCACACAUCCCCCCCUGACCCAGCAGAGCAGCGCCCCGGCCCAGCUCAGCCAGUCUACGCAUGGGACUCCUGCCCUCACAGCCCAGAAAGCAGCACAGGCCGAGAUGCAGUCCAGACUUCCCGGCCCCACAGCGAGGAUGUCCACUGCUGGCAGUGACAUCACUCCGAGAGGCUCGGUCAGUGCUGCUGGGAACAGACGUAGCCAGGGCUUCAGUGACAAGACCAAAGCCAAUUCGCACCUGAACAAAGAUUCCUCAGAGGGCGUGACCUCACAGCCUUCGUUGAUGACUGAGCACGCUCCGUCAUCUGCGGUGACCGUCAGCUCCUCAACCAGCAUCCCUGCCGCUACCUCCGCCCUGAUUCCUUCAUCAUCCUUGUCGUCAUCAUCAUCAUCAUCCUCCUCCACAGCCAUUCCCCAGCCCAACAGCAACGGCAAGCCCUGGAGGAGUAAGUCAAUGAGCUCCAAGCACACCUCCUCUCCGUCUCCCUCCUCCACCAGCAGCCCCUCGUCUGCCAUGCAGUCCGUAAAGCAGGAGAAGGACACUGCUUGUAAGGCGACAACCGAAGCUCCUCCUAAGGUUGUCGCUCAGAAGUCGAUGCUGGAGAAGCUUAAGCUCUUCAACAGUAAAGGAAGCUCCAAAUCUUCCACCUCCUCCAAUGGAGUGGGGGCUCAGACUGACAGUGCUGCACCAGCCAAGCAGUUAGUAGCGGGGCAGGUGGAGAGAGCCGAGACCGGCUCUAACACCGACCCCCUGGAGGACGACGAUGGCAAUGUACGCCCGGGAAUGAACGGGACUAGCAAUGGGGCUGCCUAUGGAGCAGCUCCCUCAGCAGGUACUACUGUUGCCACAACAGCCAGCAGCCCCAAAAUUGCCCUGAGGGGCAUCGCCCAGCGCACUUUCAGCAGAGCUCUGACUGCCAAGAAGGGCUCUGUCAAAGGCCCUGAGAAAGACAAGGACAAAGAGAGGGGGAAGGAGAAGGAGAAAGAGAAGGAGAAAGGGAAGGAGGCGGGUAAACGAAUCUCCGUCCCCGACAGGGCAGAACUCAGGGGGGAGGAGCCUAAGGAGGAAGUAGCACCUGUUGCUGCAGACACAGACAGCUCAAACAAAAGGACCUCUAAAAUUGCCAGCUUCAUUCCCAAGGGGGGUAAAGUGGCCAAAAAGGAGAGUUCCACCCCUGCACACAGCGGAAUACCAAAGCCAGGAGGCAAAGCCCCGGGAGUCGGGGGGAAAGCCUCCUCAGUGGGGACGAAGGAGGCCGGGGAGAGGCCUCGGAGCAUGCGGUUAGGAGGGGGUCUCGCUAUGCACCGCGGUCCUCUGGACAGAGACAGGGACAGCAGACACUCCAGCUCGACCUCCAGCCUGGCCUCCACAGAGGGGAAGAGCAGCGCCGCCCCCGUGGCGGGGGGAGGCACUACGCAGAGCACAGCCAGCAACACGGUCAGCGUGCAGCUACCUCAGACUCAACAGCACCACAGCCACCCCAACACAGCCACCGUCGCACCUUUCAUGUACAGAUCCCACACAGACGGCGAGGGAACAGUGAACACUGAGACCGGCUCAGGAGGAAGAGGUGGAGACGUUUCCUUCACCAAGACCAGCCAGACCUCCAUCGAGGACCUUUCAGGUGAAGACCCAGAGACGAGGAGGUUGCGGACUGUCAAAAACAUUGCAGACCUGCGGCAGAAUCUGGAGGAGACCAUGUCCAGCUUGCGAGGAACUCAGGUCACACACAGCACCUUGGAAACCACCUUCGAUGGCAGCGUCACCACAGAUAUCAGCAGUAGCGGUGGCAGCAGCAACAGCAGCGGAGGAAGUCGAAGCAUCCUCAGCCUGACCUCUACACGCCCCUCCCUGUCGUCAUGGCGACUGGGCCAGUCCAGCCCUCGCCUGCAAGCUGGCGAUGCCCCCUCUCUGGGGAACAGUUACAGCGGCCGGGUGGCUGGUGGCCAAGGAGGGCGCUACUUGUACCCUGGGCACCUCCGACGGCAGCUGGCUGGCAGGGGCGGAGCCCUCUGCAGCGUCGACCUCGGGGAUCGAGCCGGCGAGGACAUCGACCUCGACGGGAUCGCCAUGGAGGUCACCGGAUACAUGAGCGAUGGAGAUGUGCUGAGCAAGAAUGCUGCACGCAAUGAUGAUGUCACCAGCGGCUACAUGACUGAUGGAGGUUUGGGUCUGUACACACGGCGCCUGAACCGCCUGCCCGACAGCAUGUCCUCCGUUCGAGAGACACUCCAUCGAAACACGUCAUCGGGACAGGGUGAUGCUGACAGUUGGGAUGACAGCAGCUCCGUGAGCAGCGGCAUCAGCGACAACAUCGACACAGAUGAUAUCAACACCAGCUCCUCCAUCUCCUCCUACGCCAACACGCCCGCAGCACAGCGCAAGGGCCUCAAUACACAGCCUGUGACGGAUGCAGAGAAGCACUCGGCCUCCACAGCGGUGCACCAGGCCUGGUCGGGAGACGAGGUGAAGAGGCCAGACGGGUCAGACAGCGGGGUCAGGAUGGAGCCGGGCUCCAAGUGGAGCCGCCGAAACCCCUCUGACAUCUCAGACGAGUCCGACAAGAGCGGCUCGGGGAGGAAGACCCCCUCCGUGUCUCACACCGGCUCCUGGAGGAGAGGCAUGACCACUCAGGUGGGGGUGACGUCACCCCGGACCAAAAGCACCAGUAGCACAGGCUCCACCGGCUCCGUCACCCUCAAGACCCACAGUUCAGGUAAGACGGAUGAUGUCAAGGUGUCAGAAAAGGGACGUCUGUCCCCUCGUUCUAACGGCCUUCACCGCUCGCCCUCAGACGCGGGACGCAGCAGCGGCGACGAGGCGAAGAAACAAUCUAUCUCCUCCAGCCGAACGCCAACCACGAACGCCCUCACACACACUCUCUCGGACCCCCAUACCCAGACACAUACGCACACAUCGCGCACCCCAACCAGCACAUUUGGCUUCAAGAAACAGGGCCAUGGGAUGGUGACCAUGGUUACCGCCAGUGGUGCCACCAUUACCAGCGGCUCAGCCACCCUUGGAAAGAUGCCUAAAUCUGGGGCGCGCUCGCUGGCAGGAGGACUGAAAGCGGGUGGGCAGGAUGGAGGGUCGGCACUUGGUCACCACGACGACGGCUUCCUCCCCACGAGCGCCCGCUCCACGCUUCAGUACCGUAGCCUGCCGAGGCCCAGUCGCUCAGGAGCGGCCGCCCGCAACGGAAACCGCUCCUCCACCAGCAGCAUCGAGGCUGCCGUGCUCUCUGUCACAUCGCAUGGGAAAAACUCAAUCAGCAUCGCCAAGGCCAACGGCACAGCAGGCCUGCUGGCCAAUCAGACGGAUCGGGAGAAGGGCGUCUCUGAUAUUGACACCCUCAGGAGCGGAGUUGUGAUGCAGAGUGGAGGAGCGGCGACUGUUCCUCUGACAGGAAGACAGCAGGUUUCUUCACCCACACUGCGCAGGUUGUUUGGUGGGAAGCCCAGCAAACAGGCUCCGGUCACCACAGCUGAAAACAUGAAGAACUCCACUGUUAUCUCCAACCCCCACGCUACCAUGAAUCAUGUGGCCACGGUGCUGGAGUCCCCUGACGCGGGGCUGGGAGGUGGGGACAGUGAGACCAGCAGCCCCCUGUUUGGGGGCAGAGCGCUGGGAUCAGGGAUGGGGACGCUGGGCAGCGAGCAGGCCUCCAGUCCUGGUUCUGUUUACUCCUCCACUGGGCCUUCCAACAGCCUGACGUGGGGCACCACCUUCAGUGGCUCGUCCGCCCAGAGCAGGGAAAGCACACUGGGUGGGCACGGCGGGACGGGCAGCAUGGGCUACCCUUCCGUAAGCAGCAUGCACACCAGCAGCGAGUCCAUCGACAUGAGCCUGGGCAGCGCCGGAGGAGGCGUUCAUGGAACCCACAGGGAGGACACCUUGUCCGCCCUGGGCCGCACCGGCAGCGUCAAGACCGGCAUGUCCGAAAGUCCCCUCUCCUCCCCCUCCGCUAGCCCUAUAUUCAGCCGAAACACGCUACCUCGGAAACAGGACAGCGGGCCACACUGUGGUAGAAACACUCUGCCUAAGAAGGGACUCAGGUAUGGCCCGACCCCUCAGCUGCGAGGCCACGAGGAGGGCCGCGAUUGGCUGCGCUCCCACUCCACCAGUGGGUUGCAGGAAUCAGCCAGUAACUCCCCGUUCUCCCCCGGCUCCAGCCUCACCUCCCCCUCCGGCACCCGCUUCAACUUUGGACAGCUUGCGUCCAGCCCGACCUCAGCAGCUCAGAUCAACCUCGCCGGCAUGCGCAACAACAGCCUGACCAAUCAGGACGUCUCCUUCGACCCUUGCGGCGACAACCGCCUGAGGAACUCGUGCAUGUCUCUCGACGAGAAGACUCGCACCAUGAGCCGAUCGGGCUCCUUCAGGGACGGCUUCGAGGAAGUUCAUGGAUCAUCCCUGUCUCUGGUCUCCAGCACUUCUUCUAUUUACUCCACGAAUGAGGAGAAGUCUCAGUCGGAGAUCCGCAAGCUACGCAGGGAGCUGGACGCCUCCCAGGAAAAAGUUUCCGCCCUGACGACACAGCUGAGUGCCAAUGCUCACCUGGUGGCAGCGUUUGAGCAGAGUCUGGGCAACAUGACCAUCAGACUGAAGAGUCUCACCUUGACGGCGGAGCAGAAGGACUCUGAGCUGAAUGAGUUGAGGAAGACCAUCGAGCUGCUGAAGAAGCAGAACGCCGUCGCUCAGGCUGCCAUCAACGGAGUCAUCAACACGCCUGAACUCACACCUAAAGGGGACAGGACAGCUGGUAGUAACGGCACCUCACAACAACAACAACAACAACAACAACAACAACAGCAGCAGCAGCAGAAUCAGCAGCCAGACCUGCGCAUCAGGAGGCAGCAUUCCUCCGACAGCGUCAGCAGCGUCGCCAGCGCGACCAGCCACUCCAGCGUAGGCUCCAACAUGGACUCUGACGCAAAGAACAAGAAGAAGAACAAGAAGAACUGGCUGCGAAGCUCCUUCAAACAAGCGUUCAGCAAGAAGAAAUCUCCCAAGUCGGCUUCGUCUCACUCUGACAUUGAGGAGAUGACGGAUUCGUCGCUGCCGUCCUCCCCCAAACUGCCCCACAACAGCUCCACAGCCGGCAGCCACAUGCUCAGGAACACGCACUCCAACACGCUACUGUCGGAGUGUUUGGACAGCGAGGCAGAGACGGUGAUGCAGCUGCGUAGUGAGCUCAGGGAGAAGGAGAUGAAACUGACCGACAUCCGCCUGGAGGCUCUCAGCUCUGCACAUCAGCUGGAUCAGCUCCGGGAGGCCAUGAACCGCAUGCAGCUGCAGAUCGAGAAGCUGAAGGCAGAGAACGACCGUUUGAAGGUGGAGAACCACGGCAGCAGGACGGGCUCCCAGGCCUCCAUCUCAUCCUCUCCUCCCCCUCACGCACACGGCCAGGCCCCGGGGCCCGGGCCGGGGCUCUCCCAGCACAGCCUUAACCUCACCACCAGCGAGUCCACCAGCCUGGACAUGCUGCUGGACGAUAUCGGCGGAGAGGGAGGGAUGAGGAAGGAGGGGCGACACGUGAAGAUCGUUGUCAGCCUAGACGAGGACAGCAAGUGGGGAGAGGAGGGCCGGUCUCGUCACUUCCUGAUUGGUUGCAUCGGCGUGAGUGGUAAAACCAAAUGGGACGUUCUGGACGGAGUGGUCCGGCGCCUUUUCAAGGAGUACACCACCCACGUGGACCCGGUGAGCCAGCUGGGCCUGAGCUCAGACAGCGUGGAGGGAUACAACAUCGGGGAAAUCCACCGGCCCAGCAGCCCCAGCGCCGCCCACACGCCCGAGCUGCUGCCCUGCGGUUACCUGGUGGGAGACAGCAACACCAUCAACAUCCAGCUCAAAGGCGUGCGCAGUGAGAGCGUGGAUUCGCUGGUGUUCGACACUCUGAUCCCGAAGCCGAUGCUGCAGCGCUACGUUUCCCUGCUGAAGGAGCACAGACGCGUCAUCCUGUCGGGACCCAGCGGCACUGGAAAGACGUAUCUGGCCAAUCAGCUGUCUCGACACCUGCUGCUGCUCGAAGGGCGACCUCUGACCCCGCACGCUGUCGUCACUUUCAACGUGGACCACAAGUCCAGCAAGGAGCUGCGUCAGUACCUGUCAAGUUUAGCAGAGCAGUGCAGCGGUGUUUCAGGGGCGGAGAGCCCUCUGGUGGUCAUCCUGGACAAUCUGCACCAUGUCAGCUCCCUCGGUGAGAUCUUCAACGGCCUCUUCAACUGCAGCUACCAGCACUGCCCCUACAUCAUCGGCACCAUGAGUCAAGCCACGUCAUCUGCCCCCAACCUGCAGCUGCACCACAACUUCAGGUGGGUGCUGUGUGCCAACCACAUGGAGCCAGUGAAAGGCUUCCUGGGUCGCUACCUGAGGAGGAAGCUGAUCGAGACGGAGAUCGGCAGCCGAACGCGCAACGUAGAGCUGGUGAAGAUCAUCGACUGGAUCCCGCGGGUUUGGCACCAUCUCAACCGCUUCCUGGAGACACACAGCUCCUCUGACGUCACCAUCGGACCUCGUCUCUUCCUGUCGUGUCCUAUGGACGUGGAGGGAUCCAGGGUUUGGUUCACCGAUCUCUGGAACUACUCCAUCAUCCCCUACAUGCUGGAGGCUGUACGAGAGGGACUGCAGCUGUACGGCCGCAGGGCGGCGUGGGAGGACCCCGCUGCCUGGGUGAUUGAAAGCUACCCGUGGUCGGCCACAUCCACUCCAGCUGAUUGGCCGCCGCUGCUGCAGCUCCGACCGGAGGAUGUGGGGUUCGAUGGCUACUCUGCACCGAGAGAAGUCCGGAAAGAGCCGCCGCAGAGCGACAGCGAUGCAGACCCACUGAUGAACAUGCUGAUGCGUCUGAAGGAGGCGGCGACGUCAUCGAGCCCGCAGAGCUACGACAGCGACUCCAACAGCAACAGCCACCAGGACGACAUCCUGGACUCAUCACUAGAGUCGACCUUGUGAUAACUUCGAAACGCAACACUGGGAUCAGUCUUCAGGAGGAACUUUUUUUUUUUACAAGAACUGUUCUCACUGUGAGAACUGGAGAGUAUAAUUUCAUGCCACAAAAUCCAGCCACCUUAAUUUGGGUGCAGGUAACCCAAAUGUUUAAAAAAAAAAGAAAAAAGAGAGAAAGAAUUGCAUUUCAGAAAACGGGCAACAAAAGUUUCUACUGCACUGCGCUGUUUUUUUUUUUUCUGUUUUGUUUUUGUUUUGUUCACCGCUGUGGCCCGUGGCUCCUCUGUCAGGAGCCUGACAUCUAUUUCAGACAGAAUAAAAAGCACACAGCCUGUCACUGUAGGUGAGGCAUCAUUACCGUCAUCACCAGCCAUCAGCAAACUAAACACCAGCCAGGAGUCCUCCAUCCUCCACUGAGCUGCAUCAUCCUGCUCCCAGUGCUGCCUGACUGCAGUGCACCUGAGCUGCCUGCAGAUGGCGAUACCGGCUCUCAUCUCCGGAGCAUCAGUGAACCCGAGCUACCGGCUGCUGACAACAUAGUUGAGGCUGCUGCUGCUGGUCGGAUGUAUGUAUGGAUGAACGGCCAGCCGCUCUCUGCUCUUCCUCCUCCUCCUCCUCUGUGGCUGAAGUUUGCCUGUUUGGUUGUUGGAGGGUGAAGUGAGCCAAAGUGAAUGUUCAGUUCUCCAGCAGCAUGCUCUCACUUCUGAAAACUCCCAAACUAUUGACGCCGUUUGAUUUUAUUCAACUCCAAAACUGCAUUAAGGCCAAAUUACUGAUUGUUUCAGUGCCUGUCCAUAGUAACGCUGUAGCAACAUUGCCUCGUUACAAGAGCAAUGUCAAACUCUAUGGAAAAAAACAGACACAAGCUGAACUUCUCACCACAAGUUUUAAUUUCUUUUAAUAUUUCAUAUGACACUUUUCAUCAAGGUCCUCAAUGGUCCUGAGAAACCACUGUUCCACCAGAAAAUAAUUUUUGAAUUUGAAUAACAUGCUAAGUGCACGUUUUAUCAGCCAAACACAAAUCUAUAAAUGCAGAAAUUAGAUCUAUUGAGAAUAAUAUUUAUCCUGUGCAACAUCUAUAGCUAAUUCUACAAAGCAAAGUAAAGCACAGGACAAAAUCUAAUUCACAAAACCCCUUUUAAGACCCAAUUCCAACAAAAAACUUUGAUAAAGAUGAGAGGGCACUAACUGGACGAUUAGCAUUCACCAUGGCUGGACUGAUCCUUUUAACUUUUACAGUGUUUGAGAAAAUGUUCUUUUCUAUCUGUGUUUUGAAGUAAACUAUCCGUGUAAUCUCACAAACAACGCCUCUACUCAACUCUUUAAGUUUUUUGCUUUGACCCCUUAACCCUCUGAGGUCUCCAUGCACAUUGGCCCAAACAGGCUGUUGUAGCACAAAUCUCUUUUGGUGCUGGACUGAAUUCAAACAAUGCCUUACUCUUUUUCUAACAGACUAUGUGCAUUAGCUGAUUUCUUUAUUCGUCUAAAUGGCUGUAAACUUUACAGGGCUCAAGAGUCGACUCCUCUCCGGCCCCUCCGGUUGUCGAGGAGCGUCGUCGACCUUUCGUCAUAUCAAAACACCAAUGCCGUCGGGAUUGAAGAGAACGAGAAGCGGCACUUUGGGUUGAAAUAAAGUUGUAUGCAUGUAAUGACCCAGUGCUGAGAAAAGCUGGUGUAAAUAUUUGGACCACUAGCAAAAAAAAAAAAAAAAAAAAAAAAAGAAAAAUAUAUAGAUGUGUUUUGGUGCUCGAAAUCAAAAACUUUUGCGGGUUGAUUGGGUGAAGUUAAAGAUAUGUUGAUUUUUAUACCUCAUCCCCAUCCUUUAACUGUCUUCAUCGCGCUCACUCGUCGUCUGUUCUGAUUGUGUGAUUUGUGAUGAACAAUAUCGUCAUGACAAACAUGUUGAACUCAUUCAGUGAAAACUAGUGUAUAUGCUGCUUUUUUUUUUUUUUAUAGUGAUAUAAUUAAUCGGAGGUAUAAAGGUACUUGUGCUUGAAUGAAAAUGUAGAACGGUUUGACAUCAUUUCUGUGGCUUGAAAAAUAAAGAAUAUUGUACUUUUUUUUUUUUAAACCUCCCAGCCUGCCUUCUGGGAACGGCAGGUAGACAUUUAAAAGUCGGUGUCAUGUAGCCCAGCAUGGCUUCCAUCGCUUUUUUCAGUGUUUUUGUCACCGAUUCUAUGCAACAUUCAUUCUGAUCUCCAAGUGGAAGCCAAAAGCUGAAUGUGCGUUUGUUUCCCCCUCCUCCCCCAAUCCCCCAUCCCACCCCCAACCCGAGCGGUUUCCAGCACUGCCUAGAGAUGUACAGCAUGGAACCAUGGAUUUGUGAAGACUUUUCGGAUUUGUGGCCCACGUUCUUUGUCCAUGUGUGUGUGUGUCUGUGUAUUUUAUAGAGGCUUUUCCUGCUAUGGUCCUUGUAAGCACAAAGAGGCUGAUUCUCUGUCUUGUGUAAAGCCUGCUCUAAGAGAGGUGUGAGGUGUGGAUGUUGUUGAAGCAUUUUGACAAGUCUGUCAGUUUUAUUACUUACAAACUCGAAUGUUUAGCCUUCUUUGCUAUGUACAUUUUUUUAUAUGUAACAUAAAACUUUGUAAAUAGUUGAUUAUCUCGCAGCAUUUUGAUUACAUUUUUCUAGCUGAUUUGUUACAGUACUUGAAAAAAAGGAGUAUUUUGUGUACAGUCUCUUUACAUCAGAGCAGAUUGAUGCUGUUUGUCAUCACUGGUCUGUCCAGGGCUCGGAGAAUUUAAUCUGAUAUCACUGUACUAGUCUUAAGUUAUUGUGAUUCAAUAAAAUGAAUGAUUAUUUAUGAUUGAA